CAGCACUACAGGCCACACAUCACUUGGAAUCACUAUGUGAGAGUAUCACGUCGAUACCGUGUCUCAACCGGAAGAAUCCCUCGCAAAGAUGCACCAUCCAAGAUAUAUGCGACCGGCAGUCACAAGACACCCUGAUGACUGAGAAUAGACAAUAUUACCACCCGCGGUGCCUCUCCUUUUCCAUUAUUUUUUUUGUCAAAUGCUCCUGAGACUCCAGCGUGGCCAAAUGUUGCGCCCAAAUAUACUCACCAAUAGGCAGGGUUGGGCGGUCGACUCAGAGUUGCCCCCCCUGCCGAGAGGGAAAAGGAGGCUUUUAGGUUGCCCCCAACAGCAGGCCGACACCUAAGCGGAUCAUUGCCAGGGGCCAAGGCUCGGUGGGCGCAGCCUAAGAGUUACUCGUACCUCUUGCGGCGCCAGUAUCAGUCGCUAGGCUCGCCAGUUUCACAAGGCCGAUCCUCCCCGGCUGCCAACUGCUCGUCCACCUCGAUCUUCCCACCCAGCCUCAAUUCGCCACAGAGCAAGCGAGGAGUUGUUGACGUUGACACCGAAUUACCUCCCGCAUAAACAAGUGGCGACCAACCACCCCAACCCUGCAACCACUUCAUCUUGCGACUCGGUUUCAAGACUUCACCUUCAUGGUGGCCUGCCGACCUGCUUUGAAUUCAUCCCAAUCGAUCAAAGUUCAAUCAUGUUGUUUUGAAACACCUUGUUUGAGCCUGCCCAGCGGUUGUCAGGCUCACUAGGCCUCGAAAGACCCUUUUCCCCGCGUUCCUGCAGCCGCAACCCACCACCAACCCACCGCACGCGGCGGCCUAUGUUCUGCAUCACGAGCCAUUGAUCUUCACCGCAUGGAAUGAUAUAAUAGUGACGCCGAGUUUGCGCGCGCUCUCAUGGUUGCCCAAAUCUCUCCUAGCAUCCAUCAUUCUUCCUAGUGAUCAUGACCGCAACUUCUCCUCUACGCCCGUCGACUCCUGCUCGACCUGUAUUCAACACCCCCCAUCUUUCUCCGAAUCGAAUGCCUACCGCCUUCGCCUCUCAAUCCUACAAAUCGGGUCAUUUAGGUCUUGACGUAUUCUCACCGGUUGAUCAGAAUGGGAGCUUUUGCUUUGACCGUGUGAUCAAGAGCGGGAAAGUACACCGACGGGUGAAAAACAAAGGAGCCUGGAAACCGUCAUGGAAGCCGGCCUACCUCGUCCUCCGGCCCAACCUCUUGUCCGUCUACCAAAAUCCCGACGAGACCGAUCUCAAGGCUUCCAUUACCUUGUCUGAAGUCACGGCUGUUGCUCGCGUCCGAAAAGCCCACACCGAGCACGUAUUCGGCGUUUUCUCCCCUUCGAAGAACUAUCAUUUUCGAGGCAUGUCCGAGACAGACACGGAGGACUGGAUCAUGCAUAUCCGUUUGGAAGCAAGGACCGACGAAGAUAAUGAUUUGGAUCUUACCGCUCCGCACCUCUCGAGCAAGGCCGGUGACCUGUCAAACACUUAUGAGUCUACCGAUAUAUCAGCGGAUGAAAUGCAUCGUGCUCCGGGUUCCCCUGAAGGACUGUCGAAAGCGACGCAGAACAGACCCAGGAACGGGUCACUGCUAGCAAACAGCCACAGACGCCCUUCCAACCUUCAGGAGUAUUCCGGAAACGAACAGUUCACAACGUCACACUCCGACUUCUCUGAUGCCUUGGGGAGUUCAUUGCCGAAAAAUUCCUCGUCGUCGCUCGGUAAACAACAACCGGCCUUGUCACCGAUUGCUUCAUCACAGCAACUCAGUAGCAAAGUCGAAGCCAAAGGAAAUGCACAAUUACCCCAACCACCAUUACCCUCCGAACCUGUCACCGACCCAGAGCGCGUUGUCCGGCAAGGCCAUCUACAAAUCCUGAAAUCACACAAAACCGGGGUUAAAGGGUGGAAAUGGAUCUGGGUCGUGCUACGUUCGCGCAGCCUGUCGUUCUACAAGAACGAAGCAGAAUACGCGGCCGUGAAGAUCUUACCGAUGCAUUCGAUUGUCAACGCUGCUGAGAUCGACCCCGUGAGCAAGUCCAAAAAUUUCUGCUUCCAAAUCAUCACAGAUGAUAAGACGUACAGAUUUUGUGCUCCGGACGAGGAAGAUUUGGAUAAAUGGCUGGGGGCAUUAAAAAGUGUGCUGAGCAAGCGCAACGAAGUAGAAAAGGUGCUAGCUGCAAAGUCCAGGGACAAAGAGAGGGAGAAAGGGAAAGGCAAGGCUAGUUUCGAAGGUGCUGCUACAUUGCUCCUGCGUCAGCAGGCGGUUUGAUUCCUCCCAUUCGGACAACAGCAUUGGAUACACGGGGCGAAGUUGUUUAUACCCCCGUCACGACCUGUACGACCUCGACUUUGCUUACGAUGCACAUUGCGGACUGUUGCAUAUACAAUCUGAUGAAGUGGUGAAUGGGGACGACCAUUUGGCAGGCUGAAUGAUAAGUACAGCAAGGACACGGAGGAAUGCCUCGUGCAAAGAGAAGUACGAGGAACACGCUGUUUAUGCAUUGAUGACUUUGGACGACCAAACUUCUUGGGAAGCGUUGUAUACCCCCUUUUGCGCCUUUUAUGCACGGCAUGCACUGGAUAGCUGAAUCAAAAGCGCAAAUAGAAUUGCGAAAUUGCACAUAA